AAAUUAUUGGCUGAAGAAAUAAAUGAAAUUCAAAAUGAACCAGAAGAAAAAACAAAAAAAUUAAUAAUAAAACGCCGAUAUGAAAAAUCAGAUGGCAGUCAAAUGACGGAAAUAAUUGAGAUUCAUCAUCCACAACGAAUUGGUGAUGAUGAUAAAGAAAAACCUAAAAAGAUUAUUAUUCGUAAAUAUCAAGCAAACGAUGGUGAAGAAAAACCAAAAUUAAUAACAGAAGAGAAAAUCAUUUCCGAAGAAUUAAUCAAAAUACCGGGUGACAAACCAAAGAAAAUAUUAAUUCAACGUAAAUUGAAAUCACCGGAUUCAUCGAAAGAUUUUAUCCAAGAUAUCGGUGAAGUUUUAAUGGAAGAAAUUAUUGAAAUAACCAAAUCAACUGAUGUUGAUGAUGAUAAAAUGGAAAAACCGAAAAAACAUUUCAUUAAACGUUUAUUGUUGAAAAAAUCGGAUGGAAAUGAAGAAAUUGUUGAACGAUCAAUCGAUUCUGAGAUGGUGGUCGAUUCACAAACCAAUAUGGAUCAACCAGAAAGAAUUGCUGUACCAAAAAUUGAUCAAAAAGUAAAACCAGAAUCAGAACAGCAAAAGAAAUUCAUAACCGAAGAGAUAAUAAACGUGACCACUAGUGAUGAAGAAGAAGUGGUAAGCAAACCAAAAAAGAUUCUCAUUAGAAGAAAACAUGAGAAGAAACCAAUGGAUGAAAUGAUUCCGUUCAUGUAUCAUCAUCAUCCAGACGAAGAAAAAGAAAUAAUCGAAAUCAUAUCGGAAGAGACACAAAUGAUUCCAUCGGAUAAAUCUGAUAAACCAAAAACGUUGAUAACGAUUCGUCAUAUGAAAAAACCAGAUAAAACAGAAGAAAUUGUUGAACAAAUUGUGGAAAUCACAGAUGAUGAUCGAGACAAAAAACCAAAAAAAUUGACUAUUCGUAGAUAUGAACCAGAAUCACAACAAAUGACUAAAGGUCAAAUUAUUAUUUCAGACGAAAUUAUUGAAAUUUCACCCAAAGAAUCAACGGAUAAACCGGAGAAAAAAUUGACAAUCAAACGUCGAAUACGAAAACCAGAUAACAGUGAAGACGUUGUCAUCCUGAAAGAUGUUCGUGAAGAAACAGCUGAAAUUACAUCUGAAGAAAUUAUUUCAGCACAUGAUGAAAAAGAAAAGGAUGAAAAUAAAUCUAAAAAAGUGAUAAUAAGACGUAGUUUGAAAAAAUCCGAUGGCACUGAAGAAAUUAGUGAAGAAGAAAAAAUGAUAAUUUCGGAUGUUGAUCAUGUACUACCCGUAGAUGAUGAAUCAAAAAUUGAACCGACCAAAAAAAUCGAAAAAGAAGAAACUGAUGAUGAUGGCAAAAAAUUGAGAAAAAUUGCACGAAAAAUUCCUGCAAUACAACAACAAGAAGAAAAAGUCAUUAUAAAAGAGCCACCGAAACAAAUGACAAUGGUGAUCAUUUCAGAAGAAAUUCUAGAUUAUUUACCCGAUGAUCAAGAGGAUGGUAAAGAAAAUGUACCAAAAAAGAUUCUUAAAAUACGAAAAUUGAAAAAACCAAAAAAUAGUAAAAUGCCUGAAUUAAGCACGAUAAAACCGGAAGAUAUUGUUGAAGAAACGGUAGAAAUCGUUGCUGAAAAAAUGCAUGAAGAAUUGCCCAAAAAAUCGGGUGAACCAAAGAAAACAAUCCUUAUGCGUCGAAUGAAAAAACCGGAAGAACAGAAAGAAAUUAUCGAGCAAACUGAAAUCGAAGAAUAUGGAAAAAAACCGAGAAAAACUGUUGUACGUAAAUAUCGACAACGGCCAGAAGAUCGGAAACCGAAAAUUGUAUCGGAAGAGCGAAUAAUUUCUGAAAAAAUUAUUGAAAUUCCGACAGAAGAACCAGAAAAGUGGAAAAAAAUAUUGGUUAGUCGUAAAUUGAAGCCCGGAAUCGUGGAUACGGAAUUUAUAUUGGAUAAAAAUAUCAUUGAAGAAAUCGUUGAAGUGGUUUCUGAAGAAAUUUUCGCAUUACCAUGUGAAAAUGAUUCAAACGAACCGAUGAAAUUUAUUAUUCGACGACAAUUAAAACAACCAGAUGGCACGGAAGAAAUUAUGGAAAGACCGAUUGAUAAAUCAAUGAUAGAAAUUCAAGAUGAUCAAAUCAAAAUGAAAAUCAUACGUAGACCAAUGACAAGAAUAGAUGAUGAAAUAUUUGAAUAUUCCGUAUUCGAUUCGGAAAAAAUAAAGAAAAUUGUCCAAAAACAAAUACCAGAUACUGCUGGUGAAGAAAUAGUGAUUGUAAAGAAAACUGAAGAUGAAAAAAUCACUAAAGAAGAAAUAAUUGAAGUUGUAACUCCUUCCGAACAACCGGAAAAGGCAAAAAAAUUCAUUAUAAAACGUAAACCAAGUAAACAACCAGAAGAAAUUGGUGAAAUAAUUUCCGAACAAACACAAGAAAUCAAAGAAGAACCAAACAAACCGAAAAAGAUAAUAACCAUAAGAAAAAUAAAGAAACCGGAUAGCAGUGAAGAAAUUGUCGAACAAAUUGUGGAAAUCGACGAUGGUAAAGAUGAACAACCGAAAAAAUUGACCAUUCGUAAAUACAAACCAGAACCUGAACAAAAACAAUUGACUGAAGGUGAAAUUAUUAUUUCAGAAGAAAUUAUCGAAACAGAACCAACCAGAGAUAAACCAGAGAAAAAAUUGACAAUCAAACGUCGAAUUCGAAAGCCGGAUAACAGUGAAGAAACUGUCAUAUUGAAAGAUGUUUGUGAAGAAAUAGCUGAAAUUAUAUCCGAAGAAAUUAUUGAAAAAAUUUCGGAUGAAAAACCCGAAGAGACAAGUAAAAAAUUGAUCAUUCGACGUAAAUUGAAAAAACUCGAUGGAAGUGAAGUAAUCAAUGAACAACCAUUUGUGGAACCACCAUCAAUUGAUAGAAUAAAAAUAGAAAAGAAAAUUAUUGAAAAAGAAGACAAAGUUAUUGACUUACCAACAACAUUAUUGGAUGAUGAUGAUGAAAAGCAAUCAUCAAAACGGAUGAAGAUGAUUAGAAGAAAACAAAAACACGAUAAUGAAAGACAAAUCAUGGAUGAGCAAAAAACAUUCGAUGAAUUGAAACCAAAAUAUAUCGAUGAUGACAAUCGACAAUCGAAAAAAUUAAGACAACAAUCGAACUUGAACUACAGAAAACACCAGAUGGCACCACUAAAUUCACGGAUGACAACAAAGAACUUGUUGAUGAUGAGAUUCCCACCAAAAAAUCAUUCGAAGAAUCAAUUUUUGUUGUUGAACAACAACCGAAAAGAAUCAAAAACAUUGGAUCGAAGAAUCAUUGAAGAAAUUAUUGAAUUACAACCAGAUAAACCGAGUGAUAAGAAAAAAUUGAUUAUAAAACGUAAAAAACCAAAAAAUGAAACCACCGAAAAUGAAAUGCGACCAACCGAAUUGAUUGAAACUGUUAAUGUUAUCAAUGAACAAAUUGUUGUUGAUGAUGAAGAAAAACCGAAAAAAUUCCACCUACGACGAUUGGUAAGUAAAUCUGAUGGAACUGAAGAAAUAAUUGAUGAAAAUGAUACAAUGGUUAAAAAAAUGAUAAUCACUGGUCCACGACACCAGCCAUCAGAAAUGGCCGAAAUAAUUUCCGAACAAAUUGUGAUGAUACCAUUGGAUGAUCAAGUAGAAAAACCGAAAAAAAUUAUACUUGAACGUAAAUUACGAAAAUCAGAUGGCAAAGUGUUGAUUGAAAUGAAAGAUGUAACCGAAGAAACUGCCGAAAUUGUUGAUGAAGAAAUAAUUUCUGUUGAAUCAUCAACAUCAGAAACAAAACAGCAGCCAUCAGAUGAUGAUAAUGAGAUGGCCGCAAAACCGAAAAAAUUAAUUCUAAAACGUAAACUUCGAAAAUUUGAUGGCAGUGAAGAAACAAGUGAACAAUUAUUGCCGGUCAAACAAUCCGAUGAUGUUGUUGAUGAUGAAUUGACGCCAGUCGAAGAAGCUGAAAUAAUUUUCGAAGAAAUUCUCGACGUUGAUGGUCAAGUUGGUCAAGUUCAGACACCAUCAUCAUCAGAUGAUGAUGGUAAGCCAAAGACAAGUCGAAUCCUUCGACGAAAAUUAAUACGAAAACCAAAAAUAUUUACCGAAGCAAUGAUUCCCGAUUCCGAAGAAAUGAUUGAAGAAUUUUUUGAAAUUCUUACUGAAGAAAAAAUCGAUGAAUCAACAGAAACCAAAAAGAGGAUAAUCAGAAGAAAAUUAAAACGACCAGAUGGAACAGAAAUUAUUGAAACAAAAAAUGAAGCCACUAAUGUUACAAUAGCGGAAGAAGAAGAAAUGAAAGAUGGAAAAAGAAAAAUGAUUCGAAAAAUGAAAUUGAAAAAAUUCGAUCAACAACAAUCGAAUGAUGAUGAUGAAGUGACAAAAUUUCUAGAGAAAAAACCAAUCGUCGAACAACAAAUUCAAACACCAACAGCCGAAUUCAAAAUUAUUGAACAAACACAACAAACAGUUCAAGAAGAAGAAGUAUUCGCUGACAUUGAACCGAUUGAAUUCAUUGAGAUUGCCCAAAUUAUCGAAACCAUCGAAGAGAUUGAAGAAACACCAGAUGGUGAUAAGAAAAUUGUGCAUAAAAUCAAAAAAGUGAAAAAAUCAAAAGAUAAAAAAUCAGAAGAAUAUAAAGAACAACCAGGCGAUUUGGUAAUCGUUGAUGAAACGAAAAAACCAAAGAAAAUCAUUCGUAAAGUAAAAAAACCAGAAAAAGUAACUGAAGAAACGAUUCCAAUGACUACUGAAUUCAUUGAAGUUUCCGAUGUUGUUGAAGUGGUAGAAGAAAUUACCGAAACACCAGAAGGCAAAAAGAAAAUCAUCAAAAAGGUGAAAAAAAUAAAGAAACCAGAAGACAAAGUAACCGAAGAUUAUGAAAAGAAACCAGAUGAACAUGUGGUUGUAGAUGAAACGGGCAAACCAAAGAAAAUUAUCCGCCAGAUUAAAAAACCAGAAAAAAUUGAAGAUGUACUGGUUGAAGAGAAAAUUGAUCUGACAAAAGACAAAAAGAAAAUUGUCUUGAAAAAACCGAAAAAGCCAGAUGAAUGUGUUGAAGAAACUGAACCAGAAAUUAGCUUUCAACCAACUAUAGAUGAUAAACCAGACAAGAAACAAGAAGAAACGACCGAAGAAAAAACCGAAAUCGAAAUGAAAGAAUUCAUCGAAGUAUCCGAGGUUGUUGAAACAAUCGAGGAGAUUGAAGAAACACCUGAUGGUGAGAAAAAAACCGUACAUAAAAUCAAAUUGGUGAAAAAACCAAAAGCCAAAAAACCAGAAGAAUAUAAAGAACAACCUGGCGACUUGAUAAUCGUUGAUGAAACGAAAAAACCAAAGAAAAUCAUUCGAAAAGUGAAACCAGAUGAACAAUCUGAAGAAACGUCUGAAAAGCCAACUGAAUUCGUUGAAGUGGCUGAUGUAGUCGAGGUUGUUGAAGAAAUUACCGAAACUCCAGAAGGCAAUAAGAAAAUCAUCAAAAAGGUGAAGAAAAUAAAGAAACCAGAAGAAAAAUUGCCAGAAGAAUACGAGAAAAAACCGUAUGAACACGUGGUUGUAGAUGAAACGGGUAAACCAAAGAAAAUAAUCCGAAAGAUCAAAAAACCAGAAGUCAAAACUGAAUCAAAACAAGAGAUUGAACUUAAAGACAAGAAAAAGAUUGUCUUAAAGAAAACGAAAAAACCGGAUGAAGUUGUUGAAGAAACGAAACCCGAAAUUAGUUUCAAACCAACUAUAGAUGAUAAAUCAGAAGAAACGACCGAAGAAAAAACCGAAAUUGAGAUGAAAGAAUUCAUCGAAGUAUCCGAGGUUGUUGAAACAAUCGAGGAGAUUGAAGAAACACCUGAAGGUGGCAAAAAACCAUACACAAAAUCAAAUUGGUUAAAAAACCAAAAGAAAAGAAACCAGAAGAAUAUAAAAAACAACCAGGCGACUUGGUAGUCGUGGAUGAAACGAAAAAACCAAAGAAAAUCAUUCGAAAAGUGACAAAACUCGAUGAAAAAUCUGAAGAAACGCCUGAAAAGCCUACUGAAUUUAUCGAAUUGGCUGAUGUAGUCGAGGUUGUUGAAGAAAUUACCGAAACGUCAGAAGGCAAAAAGAAAAUCAUCAAAAAGGUAAAGAAAAUAAAGAAACCAGAAGAAAAGUUACCAGGAG